AUGGAUUCUACCAGCACUCGAUCGUCUUCUCCCAUCAGUGAAACCUCCACCUCCACCAACGCCUCCUCUCUCUUCAGCGAAGCGGCCAGCAAUCCCUCCCCCAGUGCUCCGGCCAAGAAGAAGGUCAAUUACAAAAUCAAUUGGCCUUACCAAUUCGACCGCGAAGGCAAGCCCAGAGUUACUGAGAAGAAGCCAAUCCGCAAGGAGGGGUGGACCAUCCCGAGGACCACCAAGCCGCUCUCCACUUUUCUCGAUAGGUGGAUUGCCGACUUCGACAUUCACGGCUACUACUUCAGGGAAGAUGUCCUGAUGGGCUAUGAAGAGGAUGAAGACUGGGAUACCACGGCCCCGCACAAUUGGGAGCACCUCGAAAGAGCUCUCAGGAGCGAAGCCCGUUGUGAGAGGAGAUUGUUGAAAUGCAAAGUUUCCAACCCAAAGGCCUAUAAGAUGUACGACGCGGAGUACUACAUGGGUUGCAAGAGGGCUGCCCAGGAGGUCAGGAUGUUCUACAUGUAG